AUGUAUCCAAAUCCAAGAGAAUACUACAAGCAAGUUGAUAGAAUUCAUCAGUUGUGUAAUGAGUUGGUUAAUGAAUACACUCACAAAAUGAGUUCUGAUGUGUCACAUAUCGGUGUCGAUGUUGGUACAAAAGAAGUUAAUGAAAGUGGAAAUGCAAGUUUAUUUGGGGGUGAUGAUUAUAUGUGGAAGAACAAUCAGAUGAAAUUUAAAGUUCUUGCAGAAAUAGCUAAGAAUAUAUAUGCUAUUCCGGUGUCCACUAUUGUCUCUGAAUCUGCUUUUAAUACAAGUGGUCGUGGCGAGGAGUAUAUCAGUAUUAGGAUGGCGGAACGAAAUCGAGUAGGAUGGGGUCGGGUAGGACAAAAAUCCACACCUACUGCCACCCCUAACGACGGUUGCCAUUUCCCUUUCCGUGCGUACGGAUGUGUGUUGGUGCGUACGCACUCUCUUACAAAAUUGAACCCCCUGAACCCUAGCCUAUCUUCUUCUCCUUUCUUCUUCUCUGAGCCAACCAACGUCCAUCAUCUUCUCCACCAUCAUCACCAGCCCUUUCCCGUCUGUCACCCACAACCGAUACAGAGCCACCACGUCUCUCUCUCUUUCUUAUUCUUCCCCUCGCCUCACCUCCGCCGAGCCCAGAACCCACCGUACCACCACAACGCCGCCGGAGCCCCAUCUUCUGCCGAACCAGCCUCCACCCACCAUCAUAAAACCACUGGAGCCCUCUUCCCCCUGCCCGAACCCUGGCUCCGCCAACCACCACCGCGAACCACCGUAGCCUCCACCAUCGACGAGCCACGGCGACCCAACUCUCCUCUCCUUUCUCCGCGAGCCCAGAGCCACCAGCUCCUCCUCGCCGUCGUCCACAAUCACCUUCGCGCUAACCCAGAGCCCACCGUCCGCACCAGCAGCUUCCUCUUCUCCUUCCCAGCGCGUCUCAAAGCCUUCCCUGUCUCUGCUUCCGGUGCCAAAACUGCCACACUCCAGCCCUGUUCUCCAGUUUCCGGCCAGCAAUCCGCCAACGCCAGCACCAUCCUGAAGCUGCCGUGCUCAACACCACCCAGUGACGCUGCUUGUCACUGCUGCUCCAACUCCUGUUUCCCCUGUUUCUUUGUUUUUCUUUUCUGUUCUUCAAACAGGAUGAGUCAUCGUAAAAAUAAAAAAAAGGAGAUGGACAUGGAUGCGGAGGAUACCCUGAAUAAACUUUCUAUAUUUGUUUUGAUUAAUGCUGCUGUUUGGAAAUGUUGCUGUUUCAUUGAUUUUUUUUCUGUUUGUUGCUGGUGAUUUGCCCGUGCUUGUUUGGCUUGGUUGAUGCUGCCGCUUGAACCUAUUACCUUUGUUUAUUGUGUUGUUUUGGUGCUAAAUUUUGGACCAUUAUUUCUGUUCAUUGUUCAUGGCUGUUGGAAUGAGCCAGUUGCUAGGUAUUGUUAAUGGUUGAUGGUGCAGUGAUGAUUUUGACCAAAAUUCUGAGUUUAGGUUAUUAUUGCUGCUGGUUGCUUAAUGGGUUAAAACUUAAUUGUUCAUUGCUGUUGUUGCUGUUUACUGGCCUAUUUGUGAUUUCAUAUGAAUUUACAUCUGGUUUUUGCAUGUUUAAAUGUUAAAGCAUUCAUAGGAAGUUUGAAUUGAUUGGUUGAAUUGGGAAAAUAGGCCAAUUUGCUGCUGAAAUGCUGCCGGAUUUUUCCUAACCAUGUUUCAUUAAAUGACAUUAUCUUAUUUGGUGCAACAAACUCUAUUUGACGGAUUUCUGUGUCAAAAAGAAUCUUGUUUGCUAAAUGGUUUUGGAAAUUUCCCGAUGAGCUUCCUUACAAGUAUCGGUCAAUUCUUGAACUUGUUUUAAAUUGUGUUAUUCAUAAGUAUCACAUAGCCUUAAUUGAUUUUUCAAUUGACCAUAAACUUGAAAUUCUUUUGAGAAUUUGAGCCUCUUUUGCGUAAACUCACAAGUUUGAAGGUUUUAAAUCUAUGUGGCUAAUUGAUUCAUUUUAUUCAUACCUAAUUUACAUUAAGUCACAUAGAUCAUGGGGUUUUCAAUUCUUGUUUUAACUUGUGCCUUUUAUGCUUCAUUGGAAUUUGGUGUUUGAAUGUUCCUUGAUUAAUUUGUUUCUCAAUGUUUUAACUUUGUCAACACCAAAUUAAUUUAACUUAUGCCAAAUGAUGGUAAUUAGUAUUCAUUUGAUUAUGUGCUCUACGCAUACAUGUGCAUUACUUGUUUUGGCAUUUGAAUUAUUGAGAAGUGAAUAUAAACUUUCUUGUUUCGGAACUUUGGAAAUUUUCAGAAUUAAGGAACGUUUUUACUAUGCACAUAACAUUUGACCUUUGUUUUCUUUUUCAACCGACUGUUUUCUUUUCUUUACCUAACUUUUAACUUUUCUUUUUCAACUAACUAUUUUCUUUUUACUCACUUAACUUUUGACCUUCCUUUUCUUUUUCAACUAACUAUUUUCUUUUUUCUCACAUAACUUUUAACUUUCCUUUUCCUUUUUAACUAACCAUUUUCUUUUUCUUCACUUAACUCGACUCUCUUUUUCCUUUUCAACUAACAUUAACUUUUUAACUGUUUUCUUUUUUUUCGUGCAUAGCAACAAUGCUCCUUUCUUCCUUUUAUCUUUGAUAAACAGGCAAGCCAAGUGGCUGUUAUGUGUCUGAUUGAUUGGAAGUUGCUCCCAUUUACUUUCACAUUGGUUUUCAUGCAUGCUUUCAUUCAAUCUUAUAUUUCCGUUCACUUCAUAUAUAUGCUGUUUUGUGAUUUGGUUUUCUGCUUCUGUUCACUUGAGGAGGAUCGUCCUCUCCGGCGACCCCGACAUUCCACUUGAGCUGGACACUCCCUCCGAGCAUUCUGAGGAGGAGGAGGCCUAGCAUCAUGAGCCGGAGGAAGCACGAGACCCACCAGCUGACAGUGGAGGCGACGACAGUGACAACUCCUUCCACUCCCUCGGUGCUACAUUUUAAGUGUGGGGAAGUACAACUUCAACAAGUAUAUUUUGGGUGAAAAUUUCAUUUCCGAACACUUGUAGUUUAGUUUUUAUUAUUAUUAUGCUUUUUAGUUGCUUUGUAUAUAUUUUAUUCUUUUUGAAAACCUUUUUAUUUAGUUUAUUACUUUUUACUUAGCUUAUUGCACUUUUUAAUUUUGCUUGUACAUAACCUAGUAUUAUAUUGUAGUGAUGCAUAUCUUUACAUUUUGCCUUUGAUUUUGGCUUUACAUAUGCUUUUUAGUUUUUAGCUAUGAUUGUGAUUUGGAUGAUGUGAUGAUUGCGCUAAGUUGAUUUCCUAUGCACUUGUUAUUUUGGUCUAUAAUUGGAAUUAGGAAUUAAACUUAGGAUUUUUGACCUUUUCCAUCCAAUCACACUACAUACAUAUAGAAUAAAUGUUAGUCAAUUUAAUGGAAUUUCCAAGAAACUUAGUUGUUAUAUAGGGCAUUGAAAUUCAAAUUGAUUUGAGUUGAAAUUUUUUGGAACUUGCAUGAUUCAUAUAUUGUGGAAUAUGGUUUUUGAGUUAAAGAACAUGCAACUUGUGAGUUUUUGAACCUUAUUGUGUGGUUGCAUCAUUUGACCAUUUAUUCCAUUUUUGUGUGUUGUUCUUCUUUAUGAUUGUAAUCUUUGGUUUGUUUAAUUCUAUAUAUCCAUUGUUUAAUGUAUUUUUAUGCAUUUAUGUGAUUGAUGCCAUCAUUUCUUUAUAGCUUACUUAACUCAAAUAGUCUACCAUUUCAUUUACCUUUGUUUGCAAUUUUGAGCCUUUUUAAUUUCCCUUUUUGUUCUUGAUUGAGCACACCACUAGCUAUAAGUGGAAAAACAAUGAAUGUCCCUAAUUUCAAUAGCUUAAGUUAGUGUGUGUGUCAACUAAGUGGGGAAGAUUUGGGAACAUUGGUAAAUAAAAUGUGUUUUAUUCUUGUUAAAAAAUUUUGAAAAUUUGGGGGUACAUGCUAAUGUAAGAUUAUGGAAACCGUAUGCAUUAAUGUGUUGGUAUAUAUAUUAUGUUCUUUGGAAAAAAAAGAAAAAAAAAAAGAAAGAGAAGAAAUAAUAAAAAUAGGACAAAAUUAUCCCAAUAUGGAAUUUAAUAAGAAUCAAUGCAUAUGUAAUGAAUUGAAUUAAAAUGCAUGAGUAUGUAGAGGUAAAAGUGAGAUUUUAGGUAGCUAAGUUUCAUAUUAGAAUUGUAUAGGUUGUGUAUGUGUUAGGUGAGAACUUAAGUUAAUUAAAGAUUCAAAUGCAAACUCACUUAGCCAUAUAUAUAUCCUUACUUUUACCCUUAGCCCCAUUACAACCUUGCAAGGACUUCAUGAUUUUUGCAUAUGAAUAUUAAAUUUUUUGUUGAUUAGUUAGAUGAAAAACAAACUUUAGAAAGCAUGAUUAAAGGAGAAUUGAGUGGAUUGACCCUAGACACUUGAGCGACUAGAGUGCGUAUACACAUCCGGUGAGGGUUCAAUUACUCAAUUCCAUAUUUCCACCUAUGAUCAUUGCUUAUCUUGCAAGUGUGAUUAAAUUUUUUUAUAUGGCUCAAUUCAAUUGUGAAUAGGAUUUGGUUAUAAUUGCCUUAGCCCUUGAUAGUGUAUAGAUGCUUUUUUGAAAAUUCAUUUAUUUGGACUAAUUAAAUAUAUAUAGAUAGUUAGAUAGUAUAGUUACAUACAUAUAGAUAUAUUGCAUAUAGAUAGUUUGCAUUGAAUAAUUGUUGAUUCCCCUUGUCUUUCUUUUGUAUAGCAUGACGACAGGCUAUUGUUUAAAUGUGGAGAUGUGAUGAAUCUACAUUUCAUGGUAUUUACUUGCUUUAUUUGGGUGGAUUUCAUCAACUUUUCUUGCAUUUAACCAUUGAAAUAGCAUAGUUUCAUAAUUUCUCUCUAAAUUGUGCUUGAAAGUAAAAACAUGCUCUUUAAACUUUAUAAUUGCUAAAUUUUAUUCAUUUUAAUUCCAUUUGAUGUCUUGAUGUAUUCGUUGAGUAAUUUCAAGUGUACAAGGCAAGUAUGGAUUGAAGAAUGAGGAAGAAAAGCAUGCAAAGUGGAAGAAUUCAAGGAAUGAAGGAUUUGGAAAGUUGCCAAUCCUGACCUCUCUGUACUAAAUUGAUCAUAACUUGAGUUACAGAGGUCCAAAUGAGACGGUUCCAGCGGUAUUAGAAAGCUAACAUCUGGGGCAUCAAAAUGAUAUACAAUUUGGCAUAGUGGACAUGGAUUUUGGGUGUGUAUACGCACAAGAAGAAAAUCAGUAAGUGUGCGUACGCACAAGUCCUGGCACGUGACUUUUGUAACUUGUUAGCAGCGAUUUUUGGGCUUCCAAAGCCCAAUUCAACUCAUUUCUAAAGCUAUUUCAAGGCAAAGUGAAGAAAGAUAAAGGGGAGAGCACUUAGAUUUAUGUUUUUACAUAUUUUAACUUAGUUUUUCUAGAGAGAAUCCUCCCUUCUCUCUAGAAUUUAGAAUUUUUGUCUUAAUUUCUUUUUAAUUUCAGAUUUUAAUUCUUGCUUUAAUGUAGUUUCAUAUAUGUUUCUAUGCUUUCUUGUCUUGAUCUUCUUAAUUUCUUUUAUCAUUUUUUCAAUUUUGUCAUUUUUAGUUCAUGAAUACUCUUGUCAAUUUUGGUUUCAUUAAUGCAAUUUUAAUAUUUUAUGUUUUUUGAUGCUA